AUGGCUAUUCAUUUACCUGUGGACUCUAAAUUGUCUACUGAAGAUUUUGAAGCUCAAAGACCAAGAACUUAUAAUAGUAAAGUUCGUAAAUUAGCCUCAAUUGGAGGUAUAUUUGUAUUUGGUAUUCUAUUCGUUACUAAUUAUAUUACUUUUUCAAAUGUCGAUACCAAUGAAAUUGAAGAUUUCUCUUCAAUGAGUAAAGGUUGUCAAAAGAUUGAACCUUUAAUUCCAUCAUUUAAUAAAUCGAUUGGUACUAUCUUAAACGAUCCUUUAUACAAAGAAUUAUCUAUUGAAAGAUUAUCAGGUGCUGUUCAAAUUUCAACUGAAGUGAAAGAUGUCAAUCCAGAUCCUUUAGAAGAUCCUGAGUUCUAUUCUAAUUUUGUUAUCUUACAUACAUUCUUAGAAAAAUCUUUCCCAUUGGUUCACUCAAAAUUAAACUUGGAAAAGAUUAAUAAGUAUGGUCUACUAUAUACUUGGGAAGGUGAAAACCCAGAUUUAAAACCAAUCUUAAUGAUGUCUCAUCAAGAUGUUGUCCCUGUGAAUAAAGAAACUUGGGAUUCUUGGAAAUAUCCACCUUUUGCAGGUCAUUAUGAACCUGAAUCCGAUUUACUUUGGGGUAGAGGCUCUAACGACUGUAAAAAUUUAUUAGUUGCUCAAUUGGAAGCUCUAGAAAAAUUAUUGGAAGAUGGUUUUGUACCAAGUCGUUCAAUUUUAUUGUCCGUUGGGUUUGAUGAAGAAGCUAGUGGUAUUUGGGGUGCACGUUUCUUAAGUCCACAUAUCCAUGAACGUUAUGGUGAUGAUGGUAUCUUAAUUAUCCUUGAUGAAGGUGCAGGUAUCACUGAAAUCGAUGAAAAUGUCUUUGUUGCCACUCCCGUCAAUGGUGAAAAGGGUUACGUCGAUGUCGAAAUCACCAUCUCUGGUCAUGGUGGACAUUCUUCUAUUCCACCACCUCAUACUACCAUUGGUAUUGCAGCUGAAUUGAUUGCACUUUUAGAAAAUAAUCCGUUUGAUUCUGAAUUUAGAGUAGAUAAUCCAAUUUAUGGCGCAUUACAAUGUAUGGCUGAACAUUCUACAAAAUUACCAAAAACUACAAGAAAGAAAAUCAUUAAGGCUCCACUUUGUAAGAAAGCUAGAGAAUACGUUAAUGAAUUCUUGACUCAACAACCUAUGUUGCGUGAUUUAGUUAGAUCCACUUUGGCAGUGGAUAUCAUUCAUGGGGGUGUCAAGGCCAAUGCCUUACCUGAAGACACUAAGUUCUUGGUUAAUCAUAGAGUCAUCCUACAUUCUAAUGUUAACGAGACUGUCCAAAGAGAUAUCGAUUAUGCUUUCGAAAUCGCUGACCAACAUGACUAUGGUGUCUCUGUCAAUGGCGUUGUAUUAAAGGAAACUACUGAGAAUGGAAUCAUUAGUCUAAGGACCAUCAAUCCUUUGGAACCAGCCCCAAUCUCUCCAAAUGAAGGUCCGGUAUGGGAUUUGCUUGCGGGUACCAUCCAGGAUCUAUUUGAAAACAGUGUUUUUAAGAAGACCCCAGAAGAGGAUAAAGAGAUCUAUGUUACUACCGGUUUGUUUUCUGGUAACACCGAUACUAAAUACUAUUGGAAUCUAACCAAGAACAUUUACAGGUUUGUUGGUUCCAUUGUGGAUCCAACUAUUAUGGAAACUGUACAUUCUGUCAACGAACAUGUCGACAUGGAAGGCCAUUUAUCAGCAAUUGCAUUCGUGUACGAGUUCAUUGUCAACGUCAGUGAACAUGGUUCUGAUCUUGAAUAG